ACCAUCCUCUCUGCCGUGACCUCCGCAUGUCCAACACCCUCGACUAAACCCCCUCCGCCGACUCGACUAAAUCAAUCACUCUCGCUCCUCAGUUUCUGUGAAUCGCCACUCUAUGUUCCUCUUCAUCGUCCAUCUUUUUCAAUGGCUGAUCUGGAUGCUCCUCAGAUUAAGUCGAGGAUAGUGAAGAGACUUAGAAUACCAGAUGAAAAGAUAAUUCUGAUGCUGGCUGAUGAUAUGGCUGUAAUGAAUAUCCUUCUAAAUCACAAACUAACCGGUACGGAGAAAAUGUUGAGGUUCAGCUGCAAUUUGCCUAUGUCCACUUAGAAGAAGUCAAAGACGAUUAUAUCUCACCAAGAUGGCCACACCAGUUAUGAGAGCCGCUGUUGGAAGCAAUAAUCUUGCAUGAUCAAAACUCUUGGGGAAAGAAAACUUUGGAAUCCCCUGAGGUAUAUCUCCCACCUGUGAGAUAGAAGGUGCAUGCAACACUUUUGCAAUGGUUGUACCAAGAACAAGCCCUGUGAGCGGCCCUGCUGCUCGUAUGAACUGAAGUUCCUUCUUUGCUUUUCCCUGCCAUGGAACAUCAUGCCUUAGCAUAAUAAAAGUAGGGAAAGCACAAACUAUCAUGCCAACAUAGGAAAGAACAAGCCUCAUACCACAUGCUUCAUUACUAGAAGGAUCACCAGAAUGGUAGACUCCAACAAGAAAGGUGGCCACUUAAACUGCAAAACAGAAAACCAGAUGAAGUCAUACCAGUAAUCGUAAGAGUUCUAUUGAACCAAAAAAGGAAUUGUAACCCAAAAAAGAAUCUGCAGACCAAUAUCUCAAGUAAAGGAUGAAAGACCUUUAAUGUCAAAUUAAGGACCUUGGGAGAAAAGAGCAGAGUAUUUAAAUGUCAGCUCAUUCGAACUACAAAGUUUCUGAUCAGCUCCAGUUAUUAUACUCUCAACCACGGGCAAAAGCUUGCUGCUCCGGGAAACGUUAUACCCCAGGAAGUAUUUCAACUGGGAUAAUCCAAUCACAAUAGCUGAAGCAGUUGUAAAUCAAGAAAUGACUGAGUGACUUAUGAAACGAAUAAGCCAUCCAAGCCUGGGUUGGAAACGCAAACGAAAGACUUGUUCUAACACUAGAAUAAACACAGGGCAUGCUAGUAAACGAUUGAACAGGGGUAAUAAUUGUUGCCGUCACGAUUGUUUUUAAUACACUAUCUUCAGUUUUAUUAGAUGAUGUUUAAGGUUUUAUACAUAAAUUAAGAAAUUAUUUAAUUUUGUAUUUUUAAAAAUAAAACAUAUUUUAUCAUCAAU